AUGAUUUUCUACUUGAAUUUUGUUUGCAAGUAUCUUGGAGAAAAACAAAGUUCUCUUUCAUAUCUUAAAAGCAAAGUUUUUCAUUUUCUUCUGAGUAUAUGUCAUCAAUGUCCAUUUUUCUUAUUUUAUUCACUUGGCUUUAAAUUUCAUAAAGCAAAGCAAUUCAUUAAAUCGAAAGUAGGAACUCAUCUAUGCUAUACCUAA